AUGCAAUUUAAACCAUCAGGACGACGCUUGCCAUCGACAAGCCAGCCAAGGCCCCCUAAGCGUAGACGCAACGAGGAAGAUGAUGAUGACUCUUCUCCUUCUCCAACCCGACGCCGUCUAUCCUCUAAUGCCCCUGAAUCCUCCGAUUCCGAAAACGAUUCAGAAUCUUCCGAUUCCGAAAAUGAUUCAGAAUCUUCCGAGGGCCCUCCUCCGUAUCCCAUUCAACAAUACAGCAGUCCAUCUAGUGAUGGAAAUAGAAUCAAGACACCCAGCAGCCCUGUAAGUGACCUACCCCCAGUAUCGGAAGAACAAGUAUACGAGUAUUAUCGACAAGGAUCCCGGUUCCAAGCAUGGAUUGCCGACCCAUCUAUAGCCGGAUGCCGAUAUGCACGAGCAACAAGUACAUUGUUUGACAUGUUCAAUAACGACAAUGACAGAGAGAGAUUUACUUGUCCAAGGAACCAUUUCGAUGAUCCACCUUCAAAUAUUCAGGAGGAUGUCUCACAAUUAGGGCUCCCGAUAACAGGCAAUAGGCACCGCUUCACAGAACUGGUGCUCCACGGGUUUGACGCGGAUGGCUGCAAAAGGGAAUCUGAGUAUCAGCAUUCCAUCGCAGAAGGUGUUAUGAUUGGUGAGGCCAUUUACAGAUGGACAGGGCCUCAUUGGUCUGAUAUUGCUGUUGCUCAAUAUAAAUUUGACCAUGAUAUCGAUACUCUAAAGUAUAUUUACUUCACUAAUGUCCAGAACGAAGAGACCCUGCCCUACUUGGAAGAUAUUCUCUACCCAAGAUAUGGUAUCGAGUGGCCAACGUCCGGCGAGAUGCAGUGGAGGGCGUGGGGGUACGAGACUGAUGAGUAUAGAGAAAUUCUAGGUACAAGGCUAGGGAAGUCGGCAGCAUGUUUUGUGCUAGGGGCUUGGGAGAGAGGUACGCGUCGUAUCGCUAGAAUUCAUACUUUCGGCAGUCACUACCAGAUACACCUACGGUUUGAUAUUGAGCCAUUCCAGGAGGAGUAA